GAGACCGUGAAAACAGCAUUUUCCAUCAAGAUCUCGGAACUGAUCAGGAUCGAUCAACACCAUGGCCAGGUAUCCAAGGAAUGACAGAAGCAACAACAGGACUGUGGUUAAGAAGGGUGCUUGGAGUGCCGAAGAAGAUCAAAAACUGGUGGCUUACAUCAAGAGAUAUGGCAUUUGGAACUGGACUCACAUGGCCAAUCCUGCGGGUUUGGCAAGAACGGGCAAAAGUUGCCGUCUCCGUUGGAUGAACUAUCUGAGGCCCAACAUCAAGCAUGGAAACAUCACCAAAGAAGAGGAGGAGACCAUCAUUGAGCUGCACCGGGUUCUUGGAAAUCGUUGGGCCGCAAUCGCAGCUAGGCUUCCAGGAAGAACGGACAACGAAAUUAAGAACUACUGGAAUACCCGCUUGAAGAAACAGCUUUCAGAGGAGAAGUUUCGUUUACAGAACUCGUGCAAUGAUGUUGAUGUCCAUACCGAUCGUGAGGACAUGUUGUUCCAUCCCUCGAACGAUUGUCCGAAUGCAACAAACCAUGGACCCGACGGUCAAAUCCUGACAACAAAUGCAGAUAACUAUUGUCCUCCCGUUGGAGUCCAUGAUGAGAAACCAUGGAGCCACAACGGAUGCUCAGCACAAGAAUAUGAAGAUGGUGAAGGAGAAGGCGUAUGGAAGCAAGUUCUUCCACUGGAAGAUCUAUACAUAGAAGAAGAUUUCGAGUAUAUGUGGGCCAACUCAGGAACACAGAACACCCCUUCUGAUGGUUGCACGCAGCCUGAGCCUACAUACUUUGCUAGUUCCUAUGAUGAUUUUAUCCUAGAUUUGUGGGGGGAGUCAUGAUAAUUUGUAGUACCUUUCGCGCAUAUUGAUCUCCAUCU